CCGGGGGCGGAGCGGGAGCGGCGGCGGCGCGGGAAGAGCCGGGCCGGGCCGCGCCGCUUCUGAGGGGGCGACGCAGCGGCGGGCGGGAAAGUCGGGCGUUUGGGGCUGAGGAGCCAUGUGCACGUCCAGGCUCUUCACCCUGGUCCUGGUGGUGCAGCCGCCCCGCGUCCUCCUGGGCAUGAAGAAACGCGGGUUUGGAGCCGGGCUCUGGAACGGCUUCGGGGGGAAGGUGCAGCCGGGGGAGAGCAUCGAGGAGGCAGCUCGCAGGUGCAGCUUUCACUUUUGGUUCACUGGAAGUGUUUUGAAUGUGGAGCUCCUGGAGGAGAGUGGACUGACUGUAGACACCUUGCAGAAGAUGGGUCAGAUCACAUUUGAAUUUGUAGGCAACUCUGAACUCAUGGACGUUCACAUUUUCCGAGCAGAUCAUUUUCAUGGAGAGCCAACAGAAAGUGAUGAAAUGCGUCCACAGUGGUUUCAGCUGGAUGAGGUGCCGUUCAAUCACAUGUGGGCAGAUGAUAUCUAUUGGUUUCCCCUGCUGCUUCAGAAAAAGCUGUUUCGUGGCUAUUUUAAGUUCCAGGGACAAGACACUAUCCUGGAGCACACCCUGAAAGAAGUGGAGGAAGUUUAAGAAAACGGAAGCAUUCAAUCCACAUGCUGCUGCCCGCACUAGGCUAGAACACCAUGAGCACUACUUAGAACGGUCUCCUUUCUCAACUCUCCAUCAAAGGAGACUUAUCUGCCAGGUCACUGGGAAGUAAGGAAAAUAAGGGGGUUUCUCAGAGCAGAAAUAAAAGGAACAAGAUUUUUGAUGCUGUGAAGUCCCUGGCUGUAGUAUAUUUAGUGGUUACGUAAUCACAAUUAUUAAAAACUUGGUGUUAACCCUUUUCUUCACAACUGGCCAAUUGUUUAGGCUUUUCCCUCGUGGCUGGAAAUGUUUUUAAAAAAUAAAAAGUAUUUUUUAGUAAAA